GAUGCUAGACUCGCCCAUCUUUCUCCACCAACUACAUCCUUUUUUUAUCUUUCCAAACGCUCAUUAUCUACAUUCUUUUCUUACUUUCUUACAAUCUCUCCCCUUUUCAUGUCUUCUUCCUCAAGUAUCAUAUCCACUCCGUCUUCUCAGACCUUCCAGGUCAUCCCGCCCGCUCUUUUGCUGAUUCUCCCGCUAGUGUCGGCCGUCCUUCUAGCUCGUUCAUCUCCUUAUAGCCGAAGCAAACUUGUUUCAAAUAUUCUUUUGGCGCUCAAUACUGUCCUACCAGUCAUUGCUAGCGGAUUUGGCCUCGCAGCGUCGCUCAACCAUGUCCAGCUCCUUCAGCGCCUCUGGAAUGUCUCUUUAGCUUUGCAUGCAUGUCUCUUAUCUUUGAGUUCGCUGUACGUAUUGUUCGUGGCAACCACGCCAGAUCCCCUGAUCCCCCACCGCACCUUUCGCUUCGUGGUGGUCUUGGUGACAACAUUUCUUAUAUGCGCAACAAUCGCUGGCUCAAUUCCAAGCACUCCUACUUUGCUUUCACCCACUUUCUCUCUUAUCUCACGAAGUCUCCAACUCCCUCUCGCUAUUGGAAUUUUCCUUGAUAUACGCUCCUCUAUCGCCGUUGCGGCUCCAUUCACGAAGUUAUGCGAGAAAGUUCAAGCAGGUCCAGAGACCUCAGUUCGCCCGACCACCGGUCCGAAUAAAUCUGGACGGGUCAGCUCACCCACUCCUGACACCUGGCCUUUUCCAGCCUCAUUAUCGCAUACUCAGCUGGCCUCUGAUCAGUCGUCGGCCAAGAGUGUAAAAACCAUCGUAAAUUUACCCCCGUCACUUACGCUCGUUCACUCAGACCAAGAAAAUAAUGACAUGCCUGAGAGAGCGGCGGUAAUCAGCUGGUGCCACAAAGAAAUGCGUCUUCCUGUUACCAUGCUAGCGGCGCAGGCAACUGCUGUAGUGUCUGCAGCCUUGAAAAUUGCUUUGACGACCAUUGCAGAGAAUUAUUCAUCGUGGGCCGCUUUACAAACCCGCGAUUCAGUGACAACAUCGCAACCAUCGGAAAAUUAUGACGUAACAGCUGCCGCUGGACUAGUUAUCGCUCACUCCGUCUGUUCGCUAUUCUGGGCGAUAGGAGUGGUCGCUAGCCUUUAUUUACUUCCGUCUGUCGUUGAGCAGACCUUGCCAACUUCCGCCAAGCAUAUAGCGGACACCUCGGUACCGAAGCCUACGGAAUUUCCUAACCACCGCACCCCAAAGCAUUCGCUUUCACGGGGCAUGUCUUCGGACUCGGCCUCCGAUUUUCUUUCCAUGAGGGAUCCUUUUGCCUCCCCGCCUCCGCCUCCUCCACCCACCGUUGGCCUGGGAAUUGCUGAUUCAAAUCAUGUGCAAUUUUGUGAUGUGGCGGCACAAUAUCGUUUUCCUGCGCCAAAAGCUAAGAAGGCUAAAGGAAGAUGCAAGAGACGAAUGGGAUUGAGGGUGAGAGCGUUGGAACACCAAGCCUCGGCACAAGCUCUACUCCCUCCUCGUCCCCAUCCGGCUCACAUCAAUGAGGGAGAACGUGGCCUUGGAGAUGAGGUCCUAAUAGCACAACUCCUUCUGCAGUCUCUGACGGCGGGUACUGAAGCGGAAGCGCAAUACGGCAGCUUAACGAGCGCGGCGGCAGCAAGCCAUGUGUUAUCUUUCCCUGAGCCUGUGCAACUCGAGAGGCUGGGAUCGAGGUGGAGUGCUAGCACAGCGGCUCUGUCGGUGUCGACAGGUACUGUACGGAGCGAGAAGAAAUCACGUGCUUCUACUAGCACUUCCACCUCCGCACGUGCAGGUGGGAGGAAGAGUUCGGAGGCGAGGAAGUCAUCUGCCACAGGGUUUUCGGCGUCCUCCGUCCCAUCGACCUAACCACGGCUUGGCUCUUUACACAUGUUCACACCCAUCACUCCCUUAGCGGCUUCUAGUCGUCCCUUACGAUUCUUAACUCCUUUUGUGUUGAGU